GUUGUUAAAUGUGCUAUGCUGUGAGCUCAAUACCCUUUUACUCUUGGAGACUCAGUAUAAAGUGUCACAAGUUUUACUAACUGCUCAGGAGGAAAAUGUCACAGAAACUUCAGAAGGGCCAGGAAAUUUUAUAAUUGAUGGUCUAUCAGUGGAGAGAAACCAUGUUCUUGUAAGGAUAAAUCUGAUUGGAGGACCCCAGGAAAGGAUUUUGCCUUUGAGAGUACUAGAUAAGGGUAGUGAUCCAUAUCCGUGGCCAAUGUUUUCAUCAUUCCCUUUGCCAAAGUGCUAUCUUGCAGAAAUUCCUAGGAAAGCUGAAUUCAGACAAGAUAAAGAUCUUGACAAGCUCUUAUCACUCUUAAAAAGUCCAGAGAAGCAAACUGGGUGGACAGAAAUUUGCAGUAAACACUUCUGCAAAGUCAUGAAAGCCAGACCAGAUAUCAUCAGUGGAACAAUUUUGGCAGAGUUAAUUGAAAAGUUCGUGUCACAUCUUUCUGAAAACCGAUCGGAUUGUUAUUUCAGCACAGGAAACUAUAAAGCCACGGAUGCAGAUGUGAAGAAUGAAAGCCUUUCAUCUGUGCAGCAGCUUGGUGUUGAAAUGACAGUCAGAUAUGGAAAAUAUCUAAACCUGCUAAAAGAAGAUGCUGAAAAUGGAUUGUGCUUCGUGUUAGCAAAUAUUGAGAAAUUUCUGAAACAACAGCAAAGUAUUCUGGUAUCCCCACUUUGCUGCUUGCAAGAGCGCUAUGCUGGCUACGACUGGUUUGCGUCUUCUGUCUUCCUCAUAAUGUCAGGGGACAGGGAGAAGACACUGAUGUUUCUUCAGCGAUUUUCACGUCUUCUUGUUUCAGCAUUUCUCUGGAUACCAAGGCUGCAUAUAUCUAUGCACCUGCCUAUUACCACAGUGGAGUCUGGCAUCCAUCCAGUCUAUUUUUGCAGUGCUCACCACAUUGAAAUGCUGCUGAAAGCUGAGUUGCCACUUGUCUUUUCAGCCUUCCACAUGUCUGGUUUCACUCCAUCCCAGAUUUGCCUGCAAUGGAUAACUCAGUGUUUCUGGAAUUACAUGGACUGGAGUGAGAUUUGCCACUACAUUGCUAUAUGCAUUUUUCUUGGCCCCGAUUAUCAAGUAUAUAUGUGUAUUUCACUGUUCAGACACCUGCAGCAAGAUAUCCUGAAGCACACCGAAGCCCAAGAUCUCCAAGUUUUUCUUAAAGAAGAAGCACUCCAUGGAUUUCGAGUGAGUGGUUAUUUAGAAUACAUGAAAAGCUUGGAGGAGAUCUACAGACCUAUGCUGCUGAAAGACAUGAGGAACAUAAGA